UGUUGUGUGGGAUUAGUGACUUCCAAAAACUUGCCUUUUAGAAUUUUCGAUGAUGAAGAUUUUUUUAAAUUGUUAUUAAAACCGUAUGAAAGAAAGUUUGGCUCGAAUUUGAAUUCAAGAAAUAUUGUAUCAUUGCUUGAUAAUUCUUGCAUAAAAAUACAGGAGAUAAUUAAGGCGAGAUUAACAAAUAAAAUGUUAUCGCUUAAAUUAGACAUUGCAACUCGGAUGGAUAAAAAUAUUCUUGGAAUAAAUAUUCAGUAUAUAAAGGACUUUAAAAUAUAUAUCAACACUAUAGGUAAGUGUUGCCAAAUUUAUUCCAGUACAACAGAUAAUGGAGCAAAUAUGGUGAAAGUUAGUGAAAUACUCCAAGACAUACAAGAAGAGCAUAUAAACGAGGACUUUAAUCAAGAGGAGUGCAGCAAUAAUGAUGAAAAUAUUCACGCAAUACUAGCAUCGGUAUUAUCUGUUGUGAGAUGCGCUGCGUGAACUACAAAUUAGUGAAUGCAGAGAUGCUGUAAAGCAAUUACGAAAAGCUGUUAGGGCAGGCGACAUUCAUAUACAGAUGCCCAUUUUAGAUAAUACAACACGCUGGAACUCGACAUAUGAGAUGUUGAAUAAUUUACUUAAAAUGAGAGAGAUAAUAGAAGCACUAUAUAUUUUGAAAAGUCUGAAAUUCCAGAUAUAUCUUGGGAUUUCGUUGUAAAUUUUGUAACUGCCUUUACCCCAUUGGCUAUUUGUACUAAACAUAUGCAAAUAGAGCAGUACGUAAUUGGUGAUUUUUAUAGAGAUUGGUUAUGUGGCGAGAUAGAGUUAGAGGAAUUAGUAACAAAAACACCAUACGCAUCACAUUUACAUGAAUCAAUGCAAAAAAGGAAACAAAUAUUUAUGGAUAGUGAUGCAUUCCAAGUCGCGCUUUAUCUUGAUCCCCGUUUUAAUUUUGAAAAUUCAACUAUGCUGUCUGAAAAUCAAAAAUCAACAGCUGUGGUGCA